AUGGCGCCCAAGGCCCACCCCGACCCUAUGGCGAGAGGUCCCUCUUCCUCCUCGAAAAGUACCGCAGACCCCAUGUUGCAGGGCACGUAUGAGCAAGAUGAGUCGAACGACGUUGAGCUGUCGACAGACGAAAUUGCUGCCUUUGAGGGGCGUCUUGAGCACCAGCGUGGCGGAGGCCAAUCUGCAGCGGCGCUAAACAUAUCGAGGACACGCGAGUCGGGUGUUUCGCGACGGUUGUCAGCACCGGUGGCCAGUCAUGCCCAUCAACCGCAUCCGUCUUCGAGCACAUCACUGUCGGCGGCCCCCAACGCUGCCGACACAGCGUGGGCUUCCUCACACCGCGCCGCCGACCGUGGCGUGUCAGAAGAAGAGCGCGCAGCGCAGAUACAGCAUGGCGCUGACGUCGAGGAUGUGCGCCGUCUCGAGGACCGCUUCGGCGGUGGCAAUGACGACGAUAGCGAUGACGAGACGGUUGCACGCUGGCGUAAGAUGGGGCUGUGA